GCUGGAUUUAACCACCCACCGUAUAAUUGUGUAAUGGCGUCAUUAGCUUUGCGUCGCGCUGCACAUCGUCACUGUGUGCUUCAGUUAAUAACAUGUUUAAGGUCACAGCAGCUUCUGUGUGGAAACCUCCGAAGUUUUGGCACAAAGUCCGAGCGAGAUCAGACGAUUCCCAAAAUUUACACCAAAACAGGAGAUAAAGGAUUUUCCAGCACUUUCACAGGAGAGAGGCGACCGAAAGAGGACGGUGUUUUUGAAGCUCUGGGUACGACGGACGAGCUCUCGUCUGCCAUCGGGCUGGCUAGAGAGUUCUGCCUCGAGAAAGGACACGCCUUCACCCAUCAGUUAGACAAGAUCCAGUGUGUGCUGCAGGACGUGGGCUCGAACAUGGCCACUCCUCGCUCAUCAGCCCGAGAGAGCCACAUAAAGAAGACGCAGUUCAGCAGUGAGCCUGUGGCAGAGUUGGAGAGUUGGAUUGAUGCCUACACGGACGAGCUUCCUCCUCUUACACACUUCAUUCUGCCUUCUGGGGGGAAAAGCAGCGCCGCCCUGCAUGUGGCUAGAGCUGUGUGUCGCCGGGCCGAGCGCUGCGUGGCUCCUAUAGUGCGUUCAGGUGAGGCCGAUCCCGAUGUCAGCAAAUAUCUCAACAGGUUGAGUGAUUACCUGUUCACACUGGCCAGAUACACAGCUAUGAAAGAAGGAAACAUGGAGAGGAUCUACAGGAGACCUGAAUGAACUUCCACAAAAUCAGAAAUAAACUUUCUUUUAACAAAAUCA